AUGUUUGGACAGUUAGCUAAAAGGUUUUCACUGCCACUGAUUAGACUGUGUAUUAUUACUGGUUGUGGUGAUGGUUACUAUAGCUAUCAUCAGUUAUGGCAAUACAAUAAUAGUAGAAAUAAUAAUAAUAAGAAGAAUAAUAGGACAGACAGUAUAUCACUUAUAGACUAUCGGCAGCUACCACGACAGCUAAACAUCGGAACCGGUAGUCAUAGUAGUAAUAGUAUUAAUAAUAAUAGUAGUAGUAUUGGGUUCAGGAGGACAUACCUGUUCGAUGAAGACGACCUGUUCUACGAACAGCAAAAGUUUGUCCGUAUAGUCAUCGAAAACCAUGACUACAACACUGAAAGUUCUGGUACAGGUUUUUUGAUAUGCGGUCAGUUAGCCUCUAUUGUCUACGCUGUUACCUGUGCUCACGUUGCCCAACACAUAACCAGUUGUUUUAUCUACGACCACAGCGACAAUAUAAUAGCUUACGGACAGUUUAUCUAUAGUGAUCCGCAACUGGAUUUAACGCUUAUCCGUUUCAGUUUAUUCAAUCCUUUCCAGCAGACAAUAGCCAUCUCACAGAUGGCCGAUGAGUCCGAUAUUGAAUUUGGUGACGAAAUUAUAACCAUAGGUGUGCCCACUGGCCUCCAUGGAUCGUACGAUUGGUUUCCCGGUAUUGUCAACAAUCCCUAUAGUCAACAGCCGCGCAAUACUAUCGAUCAAUAUAUUCAACUCUACAAUACUGUCGACAUACCGAUGCUUCAGACGAGCGCCGAAAUGAUAGCUGGUAUGUCUGGCGGACCAGUUUUCUCUACCAAUACCGGCAAUUUGGUUAGCUAUCAGGUCAGCGGCAGUCCGUUGUAUCGUUACUUUUAUGGCGGACAAAUCAGUUUAGUCAACGAUUUCUACUUCAAUGGCUUCAACUAUGCCUAUAAUAGGUUUCAUGGCAGACAACAGGAGCACGGCUUAGAUUUAGGAUUGGUAUACUAUGUCGAACAGUUCAACCAGACUAUGGUUGUCAUACACUAUACUAUAGCUGUGCACACGUAUGGCAAUUAUCAAUUGAUGAAUAAUUACUACGAUUGGGGAGUCAUCUAUCAGAUCAAUGGACAGUACAUACAGACCGAACAAGACUUUCGCGAAAUCCUACUGUCGUCGGACAUUGAAAAUCCAUUGUCCGUAACCAUGGAUAUCGGCAACAGUGGCCAAAUGAGCGGUGGGUUUAUUUGGUUUGAUCCACAAAUUAUUGAUUUCAAAAUUGUCUAAAUAAUGAUCUCAA